GUAUGUUUAGCUCAUCUUUGACCUCAUCCUUGAACAAAGUUGAGUUUCUAAAGUGCACUUGAGAGCUAGCAUGCAGCCAGCAUUAGUUGGAGGUCAAAACUCACAGCAUGAUUUUGGGGUGCACUGUCUCACCAAAGCUCAUCUUGCUGAACCUCUCCUCUUUCACAGGCUACAGAGCAUUCCAUUCUUAGCAGGGACAGCCACCUUGCCAGCUCUCUAUGCUAUCACAUUUCUCUGCUUCACAGAUGCCAGCCAUUUUCUCCCACAAGUAGUUCUGGGUAUCUAAGCUCUACCAGUUCUUGGUUUGUAUCUUAUUUUGGUAGUUGAAUAUGCCACCCUGAAAACUUGCAUGCUACCUCCUGUUACACCAUUGGUCUAAUAAAAGAUGUUUGCUCUUCUGUAAGUCUGGCCAAAUUUCUGUAACCUUAAAACUUCAGGCCUAGGAUUUGAAUCCAUUUCAGUUCCCAUUUGUAUGAGUAAAGCUCAAAACAGCCAGAGGCCUAAAACAUGAAAAGAGCUUUCUUGUCUGAUUCAUAGAAAGCUAGGCCUGGUGAUACUUGAUAUAGAGAACUUGGUAAUAUGGUGUUUUGCUGCUUUUAAGAAUUUGUCAAAUCUUAGGUAUGUAAGUAAUUGACAUCUAAAAGAAGCCAAAAUAGCUGUCUUGCCUUGCAUCCUAAAACAGAAUGUCACCCCUUUGCACACUCACAGUGCAACACAGACCUGUAGCUCAAGGGUUCCUGGUCAGGGAUUGCAAAGAGGGUCUAGUGGCUGGCAGAUCUUGAUGUUUAGCAACUCUAAUAUAGUUUGUUUGAAGUAAACUCGGAUCUUGAAAUGUAAUGUCAUGGGUUUUUAGUGCAGUGGUGUUGUGUUUUGAAUUCUAGCACAUUUCUCCAGUCUUUCAGAGAGAGAACAGGAUAAAGAAAAGAAAAUUGCUGUCUUGAAAAGCUCACUGGCAUGUCUCGCGCUUUAGGUGAGGAUUCAGAAUGGGAGACAAGCCUAUCUGGGAGCAGAUUGGGUCCAGCUUCGUACAACAUUACUACCAGCUUUUUGAUGCAGAUAGGACUCAGUUAGGAGCAAUAUAUAUUGAUGCAUCAUGCCUUACAUGGGAAGGACAGCAAUUCCAGGGCAAAGCAGCUAUUGUUGAAAAACUCUCUAGCCUCCCUUUCCAAAAAAUACAACACAGCAUCACAGCACAAGACCAUCAGCCUACACCUGACAGCUGUAUACUCAGUAUGGUAGUGGGACAGCUUAAGGCUGAUGAAGAUCCUAUCAUGGGAUUCCACCAGAUAUUUCUAUUAAAGAACAUCAACGAUGCCUGGGUUUGCACCAAUGACAUGUUCAGGCUAGCACUGCACAACUUUGGUUGAGCUGGCAACUCGAGGCACCUCAGCUUUAUUUUUUGUUGGUUGUUUUUUUUUUCCUUCUCUCCUCUUACUGGUAUUAUUCACACCCACAGAACAUUCCAAAUAUCAUACACAAACCUGCAGCACUGCAGAGUGUGAGCAAAGCAAGAGCUGUGACCUGCCCUUCUGCUGAGUUUACAUUGUCAUAGAUGAGUUUCUUGUGCAUGAUGUUUGGAAGUUAGACUUAGCUGCAUUUGACAAGAGAAAUUUGUGUUGUACCAGCAUGCCUCGGAAAGAAGUAAUAAUGCAAAAGGUUGUUGUUUAUGUACUGACAAGAUGCUCUAUAACCCAAAGAAAUGAAAGAACAGCAGCCUGUACAGCCCAGAUACUGAUUUGUUCAGAUGUUUCAAUGCUACAUCACACAAUAAAACCUUGAGAUUUUCUUAACAGUUUAAA